AUGUGCGCCGACGCGCAGAUUGGGAUUCCGGGAGCAAUGUGCGCCGACGCGCAGAUUGGGAUUCGGGAGCAAUGUGCGCCGACGCGCAGAUUGGGAUUCGGGAGCAAUGUGCGCCGACGUGCUGAUUGGGAAGCAAUGUGCGCCGACGCGCAGAUUGGGAUUCGGGAGCAAUGUGCGCCGACGCGCAGAUUGGGAUUCGGGAGCAAUGUGCGCCGACGCGCAGAUUGGGAUUCGGGAGCAAUGUGCGCCGACGCACAGAUUGGGAUUCGGGAGCAAUGUGCGCCGACGCGCAGAUUGGGAUUCGGGAGCAAUGUGCGCCGACGCGCAGAUUGGGAUUCGGGAGCAAUGUGCGCCGACGCGCAGAUUGGGAUUCGGGAGCAAUGUGCGCCGACGCGCAGAUUGGGAUUCGGGAGCAAUGUGCGCCGACGCGCAGAUUGGGAUUCGGGAGCAAUGUGCGCCGACGUGCUGAUUGGGAAGCAAUGUGCGCCGACGCGCAGAUUGGGAUUCGGGAGCAAUGUGCGCCGACGCGCAGAUUGGGAUUCAGGAGCAAUGUGCGCCGACGCGCAGAUUGGGAAGCAAUGUGCGCCGAGGCGCAGAUUGGGAUUCGGGAGCAAUGUGCGCCGACGCGCAGGUUGGGAUUCGGGAGCAAUGUGCGCCGACGCGCAGAUUGGGAUUCGGGAGCAAUGUGCGCCGACGCGCAGAUUGCGAUUCGGGAGGCAAUGUGCGCCGACGCGCAGAUUGGGAUUCAGGAGCAAUGUGCGCCGACGCGCAGAUUGCGAUUCGGGAACAAUGUGCGCCGACGCGCAGAUUGGGAUUCGGGAGCUUAAUGUGCGCCGACGCGCAGAUUGGGAUUCGGGAGGUAUGUGCGCCGACGCGCAGAUUGGGAUUCGGGAGCAAUGUGCGCCGACGCGCAGAUUGGGAUUCGGGAGCAAUGUGCGCCGACGCGCAGCUUGGGAUUCAGGAGCAAUGUGCGCCGACGCGCAGAUUGGGAUUCGGGGCAAUGUGCGCCGACGCGCAGAUUGGGAAGCAAUGUGCGCCGACGCGCAGAUUGUGGGAUUCGGGAGCAAUGUGCGCCGACGCGCAGAUUGGGAUUCGGGAGCAAUGUGCGCCGACGCGCAGAUUGGGAUUCGGGAGCAAUGUGCGCCGACGCGCAGAUUGGGAUUCCGGGAGCAAUGUGCGCCGACGCGCGGAUUGGGAUUCGGGAGCAAUGUGCGCCGACGUGCUGAUUGGGAAGCAAUGUGCGCCGACGCGCAGAUUGGGAUUCAGGAGCAAUGUGCGCCGACGCGCAGAUUGGGAUUCAGGAGCAAUGUGCGCCGACGCGCAGAUUGGAAGCAAUGUGCGCCGAGGCGCAGAUUGGGAUUCGGGAGCAAUGUGCGCCGACGCGCAGAUUGGGAGAGCAAUGUGCGCCGAGGCGCAGAUUGGGAUUCGGGAGCAAUGUGCGCCGACGCGCAGAUUGGGAUUCGGGAGAAAUGUGCGCCGACGCGCAGAUUGGGAUUCGGGAGCAAUGUGCGCCGACGCGCAGAUUGGGAUUCGGGAGCAAUGUGCGCCGACGUGCUGAUUGGGGAAGCAAUGUGCGCCGACGCGCAGAUUGGGAUUCGGGAGCAAUGUGCGCCGACGCGCAGAUUGGGAUUCGGGAGCAAUGUGCGCCGACGCGCAGAUUGGGAAGCAAUGUGCGCCGAGGCGCAGAUUGGGAUUCGGGAGCAAUGUGCGCCGACGCGCAGAUUGGGAUUCGGGAGCAAUGUGCGCCGACGCGCAGAUUGGGAUUCGGGAGCAAUGUGCGCCGACGCGCAGAUUGCGAUUCGGGAGCAAUGUGCGCCGACGCGCAGAUUGGGAUUCGGGAGCAAUGUGCGCCGACGCGCAGAUUGGGAUUCGGGAGCAAUGUGCGCCGACGCGCAGAUUGGGAUUCGGGAGCAAUGUGCGCCGACGCGCAGAUUGGGAUUCGGGAAUGUGCGCCGACGUGCUGAUUGGGAAGCAAUGUGCGCCGACGCGCAGAUUGGGAUUCGGGAGCAAUGUGCGCCGACGCGCAGAUUGGGAUUCGGGAGCAAUGUGCGCCGACGCGCAGAUUGGGAAGCAAUGUGCGCCGAGGCGCAGAUUGGGAUUCGGGAGCAAUGUGCGCCGACGCGCAGAUUGGGAUUCGGGAGCAAUGUGCGCCGACGCGCAGAUUGGGAUUCGGGAGCAAUGUGCGCCGACGCGCAGAUUUGGGAUUCGGGAGCAAUGUGCGCCGACGCGCAGAUUGGGAUUCGGGAGCAAUGUGCGCCGACGCGCAGAUUGGGAUUCGGGAGCAAUGUGCGCCGACGCGCAGAUUGGGAUUCGGGAGCAAUGUGCGCCGACGCGCAGAUUGGGAUUCGGGAGCAAUGUGCGCCGACGUGC